AUGUCUAGCUACGACCAACACAAUAUCGAAGACACUAACAUUUGGCUCAUCGGCUCCGAUAUUGACCACAAAGUCAAAUACAACUCUGCCGCCACAGAACCCGCCUGGAACAAUGGCGACAUCGGCACUCAUCCGGGUCUGAAGGUGUGGCGCAUUGAAAACUUCCACGUUGUAUCCUGGCCCAAGUCUUUGUAUGGUCAGUUCUACGACGGAGAUAGCUUCAUAGUUCUCCACUCGUACAUCAUCCCAACGAAGGACCAUGAAUUGGGGUCGUCGCAGCAGAAAUUAGGACACGAUAUCUUCUUCUGGCUAGGAUCCAAGACGACUCAGGAUGAGGCUGGGACAGCCGCGUACAAGACCGUAGAACUCGAUGAGUUCCUGCAUGGAGUGGCCACUCAGCAUCGAGAAACCCAGCUACAUCCGUCGGAAGAGUUUCUGAGCCUCUUUCCGAGACUGUCGAUCAGGACGGGAGGCGUGCGCUCUGGAUUCCAUCAUGUGGACACACAGCAACACCCAGCAAAUAUCACAACGUUGCUUCGCGUCUUCAAGCAUCCUUCCCCAACACUGGCAGAGCAUGGCCAUUCGAUUGUUGUCCAUGAGGUAGAGCCAAUUUGGCAAAGUCUGGAUGAUGCUGAUGUGUUCGUUCUUGAAAAAGAUGGAAAGAUCUGGGUAUGGCAGGGCAAGGAUUGCAGUCCCAUGGAAAAGGCUAAAGCGGCACAAGUGGUCAAUGACUUGACGCUUGCUAAGCAUAUGGAUGUCGAAGUGCUGUCGCAGACUGAAGCUAGAUCUAGGGUUGUUGUUGAUUUGCUAGGUGGGAGAGGUAUUGACCAAUUCUCCUUCCAUAGCAGCCGCCCAAUUCAUGCUGUGACACAUCACACUAGCGACGACAGGACAACCCCUCGACCGCGGAGGUUGCUUCGAGUUCUUAAUGACGGACUUGGAGACCAAGUUCGGUUUGAGCUGGAUAAAGAGGGUGACACGAUCCAGAUAUCCGACCUGGAUAGCAAUGACAUUUUCAUCUUUGACACUGGCAAGAAAAUAUGGGUCUGGGAAGGAUUGCAGGCUGCUCGUGCAAAAAGGGAUGCGUGGAAAUUCAGCACGGGGUCGUAUCUUCGCUAUCUGCAGCAGCACUCGCGGACUCCAGAGAUCAUUGCUACUACGCCGAUUGCAAAAGUUGUUGAAGGAAAUGAGAAUGCGGCAUUUUUUAAGGCUAUUUCUCUGUAUUAA